UCUUGGACCAAAACAGAGAAAACAAGGCAGUGGUGUUGUGUGUAAUUGUGAGAACACGAAGAAGAAAUCAGGCAUGGAUUUGUGAUUUGAGCUCCGUUAACAACACUCUUCUCCUCUCAGUUUGCUUGCUCCAUUUCCCACAAUGAUGUCCCCAAACCAUUUGUCAGAGGAUCGAGGAGGGCCUUCUCAUCAUCAUUUCAGACACACACCCUUCCAGAUAAUUCAUACUGCUGCAAAUUUCAUGAGGAUAUGGUCAAUAUACUCCAUGUACCGCUACUUAUACCAGACUGGAGCUUCAGUUGUUCUAUUUCUGUUUGCCUGCCUUGCCCCAACAGCGAUCAUAUUUUUAGUUUUGCAAAAGCCUUGGAAGGGAAGGCCACUUUCUAAUACGCAGAUUGUGCCAUCUAUAAUAAAUGGCUUUAUAACAGCACUGUAUCUGGUCUUGUGGGGAAAGGGACUGAAAUCAUGUGGACCAGUUAGAGCACUAUUGGCUGAGUAUUCCGGUGCUGUCCUUGGAGUACUUUCUGCAGUGUUGUAUGGUAGGAGAAGCCAUCUGUUGAAAAAGAUAGGUGGCCUAAUUGCCAUGCUGGCAUCUUUAUACUUGCUAUCUGAAGGAUGGGCUAUGGCAACAUAUUCUCCAUUCUCUUGGGAAGAUAGAGAUGAUUCAGAGGUUCAGACUGAACAAAUUUUGGGCUUGAAGCAAAUGUUCGUUCCUAUUUUUGCUGGUAUCCUAUCAGCACUCAGGAGAGUGAUUGCGAGGCGUGUUUCAAUCAAGAAUCAACUUAAAAAGAGACUCCAUGCUUUAACUAUUGCCUCUGCGACAUGUUUUAUGUUUCCUAUUGCCAUGUGGGACAUAAUCAUAGGAUCACCUUCUGACAGCAACGGAAAACUCCCAUUCUCUGCCUGGGCCUUCUUUAGCACUAUUCUCUUUGGAAAUAUUUUGAUAUUCUAUGUUGACAGUAUUGCAGAAGAGAGAUUGCACAUGGUUUUCUCCUCACCAAGGCAUUUGAUGGUGGCUAGUGCAUGCAUCAUCAUCAUGGAGAUUGUGUACAAGAUGGAUUUUUCUCUUACAGGCUUUGUGAUUUGCUGCUUAAUAUUAGGUUUUGGGAUAUAUCAAGCAACUUCACUGGAGCGCAAUAGAAAAGAUUCUACCCGAAAUUCUGAUUUAUCAAAUGGAGAAUUUGAUGAUCAAAUCCAGAUGUCGUCGCUACCUACUUAAGGAGUUUGGGAGAACAUAAAUCCAUGGAUUCUAUUGACACAUAGUCUUCUUGCUCUAUCUUGAGUUAUACUUCUGUCACGCCAUAUGGUGCAGAAAAGCUGUUAUUCAUUGUGAAGAUGUGUUAUCCACCACUUCUGGAGACUUCACGCGGUAACCUUGUUAUCCGGCACCCACCAGAUUCAUGAUGAUCGAUCUGAUCUGAACUUUUGGGAGGUUGAAAUGCACUAUUAACCUACAUAGUACAAAGUUCAUUAUUUUUCUUCCAACAGGAUCAUUAGCCUGGCUGUUCCUUAUGUAGUUUAGGAGUAAUUUUCUGUCAGAAAAAAAAAACCAUUAUUUGUAGUCCGGGUAGAAGGUCUUUAAGUUUGGAUACAAGUGAAUCACUCAUAUGCUUACUACACAUUUUAAUCAAGUUAUCAAAGCCAAACACGUUUUUUUUGUUU